AUGACCAGAACUAACAAAUGGACAGUCCACGAAGCUAAGUCUAACCCAAAAUACUUUUCUCAUAACGGGAACUUUGGCGAAUCUCCAAACCACAUCAAGAGAGGAGGAUGCKGGAAGGGCAAUUGGGGCAAGGCAGGCGACGAAAUCAACGACUUGAUCGACUCUGGCGAGAUCAAGACCGUUUUCAACAAGGAUAGAAGAGGUUCUAAUUCUCAAAGCAAUGAGAGAAAGCUUUGCGACCUGCAACAAUUCCACAUUUGA